AUGUGCAGUGGCAUCUUCGGUUAUAUCAACUACUUGGUCGAAAGGGACCGUAAAUAUAUCAUUGAUACUCUUCUCAAUGGUCUUUCGCGGCUUGAAUAUCGGGGCUACGAUUCUGCUGGGCUUGCCAUCGACGGUGACAAGAAGAACGAAGUCUGUGCAUUCAAGGAAGUUGGCAAGGUCGCAAAGUUGAAGAAGCUUAUUGAGGAUUCUAAACCUGACCUAACAAAAACGUUCGAGUCUCAUGCUGGUAUUUCUCACACUCGCUGGGCUACUCAUGGGACACCUUCUCGCCAAAACUGCCACCCGCAUAGGUCUGAUUUGAAUUGGGAGUUCUCCAUUGUCCACAAUGGAAUCAUUACCAACUACAAGGAACUCAAGGCUCUAUUGGAGACCAAAGGAUUUCGCUUUGAGACAGAGACAGACACAGAAUGCAUUGCAAAGCUUACAAAAUACUUGUACGAUCAGCAACCGGAUAUCGAUUUUACUGUGCUAGCUAAGGCUGUUGUGAAAGAGCUCGAGGGUGCCUUUGGUCUUCUGAUAAAGUCCGUGCAUUAUCCCCACGAGGUCAUUGCCGCUCGAAAAGGCUCUCCACUCGUUAUUGGCGUGAGGACUUCAAAGAAGAUGAAGGUAGAUUUCGUGGAUGUCGAAUACUCAGAGGAUGGGCCACUUUCGGCGGAACAAGCUUCUCAGAACGUUGCCAUCAAGAAGUCGGCUACUGGGCUUCUUGCUCCUCCUGAUAAGUCGCUUUUGCAUCGGUCGCAGUCCCGCGCUUUCUUAUCUGACGAUGGUGUUCCCCAACCAGCAGAGUUUUUCUUGUCGUCUGACCCGUCUGCUAUUGUCGAGCACACAAAGAAAGUCCUUUACCUCGAAGAUGACGAUAUUGCCCAUGUGCAUGAAGGACAGCUUCACAUUCAUCGACUAACAAAAGAUGACGGCACCUCCAACGUUCGUGCUAUCCAGACCAUUGAGCUUGAGCUCCAGGAAAUCAUGAAGGGCAAAUUCGAUCAUUUCAUGCAAAAGGAAAUUUUCGAGCAGCCAGAGUCUGUUGUAAACACCAUGAGAGGUCGAUUGGAUGUUCCCAACAAACAAGUUACACUUGGUGGGCUUCGCCAGUACAUAUCUACCAUUCGCCGUUGCAGGAGGAUAAUUUUCGUUGCCUGCGGAACUAGCUACCAUUCAUGCAUGGCUGUUCGUGGAGUUUUCGAGGAACUAUCCGAGAUCCCUAUUUCUGUGGAACUUGCCUCCGACUUUUUGGACAGACAGGCACCUGUUUUCCGUGAUGAUACUUGUGUCUUCGUUUCUCAAUCCGGUGAAACAGCUGAUUCGCUUAUGGCUCUCCGUUAUUGCCUUGAGCGAGGUGCAUUGACUGUUGGAAUUGUGAACGUUGUAGGGUCGUCCAUUUCCCUUUUAACGCACUGUGGUGUGCAUAUCAAUGCUGGUCCUGAAAUUGGUGUCGCCUCUACGAAAGCAUAUACUUCUCAGUUCGUCGCCAUGGUUAUGUUUGCUCUCUCUCUCAGUGAGGAUCGAGCCUCGAAGCAGAAGAGACGGGAAGAGAUCAUAGAAGGUCUCGCUAAGGUCUCUGAACAGUUUAGGGAGAUAUUAAAACUUAACGAACCUAUCAAACAGAUGUGUGCGAAGUUCUUCAAAAACCAAAAGAGUCUGCUUCUACUUGGUAGGGGCAGUCAGUUUCCCACUGCUCUUGAAGGUGCUCUAAAAAUCAAGGAAAUAUCGUACCUUCACUGCGAGGCUGUUAUGUCGGGCGAAUUGAAGCACGGUGUCCUUGCGCUUGUCGACGAAAAUUUACCUAUCAUCAUGAUCCUCACAAGGGAUAACAUUUUCUCUAAGUCGUUGAAUGCGUACCAACAAGUCAUCGCUCGUGGUGGGCGCCCUAUUGUAAUUUGCAACCACGAUGACCCGGAGUUUUCAACUGCACAGACGGAGAAGAUUGAAGUACCGAAGACCGUCGACUGCCUCCAGGGCCUCCUCAAUGUCAUCCCGCUUCAGCUGAUUUCAUACUGGCUCGCUGUUGGGGAGGGUCUCAAUGUUGACUUUCCUCGCAAUCUUGCGAAGUCUGUCACUGUUGAGUAG